UAAGCAGUGCAAUAAGUAGGUAUGUUAUGUCAAUGCUAAAUAUAGUUAACAUGUCGACUAAAGAGGAAUAUGACUGCAUAGUGAUCGGGGCCGGCGUCCAGGGCUCCUUCACGGCUUAUCAGCUGGCGAAAAAGAACAAGAAGACUCUUCUGCUGGAGCAGUUCAUUCUGCCUCAUACACGAGGGAGCUCCCAUGGCCAGACCCGCAUCAUCCGCAAGGCCUAUGAGCAGGACUUCUACACCCACAUGAUGGGGGAGUGCUAUGAGCUGUGGGCUCAGCUGGAGAGAGAGUCUGGCGUCAAGCUAUACAGACAAACAGGACUUCUGGUGAUGGGACCAGAGAACAGUGAGAAUUACCAGCUGUUUAAGAAUACCCUGCAGAGGAACAAGGUUCCUAUCGUGGUCCUGAGCCAUGACAACUUCAGCCAGCACAUCCCACAUGUCAACCUGGCUGAGGGAGAUGGAGCUUUGGUGGACAUGACUGCUGGAGUUCUGUAUGCAGACCGAGCACUCAAGACUGUACAGGCUCAGUUUGAGAAGUUGGGUGGUGUCAUAAGAGACAAAGAGAAGGUAACAGACAUCAAGCCUGGCCCUGUUGUGAUGGUGUCAACCUCUGCUGGUGUUUAUCGAGCCAAGAGUGUGGUAAUCACUGCUGGACCCUGGGCUAAUAGACUGCUGGCCCACACUGGCCUACAGCUACCACUAGAGGUGGUAAAGAUCAACGUGUGCUACUGGAAAGAGAAAGUUCCUGAAUCAUACAACGUGAAGCGGCGCUUUCCCUGCUUCUUACUGACAGAGGGAGAGGAGUCCAACGAGCACAUCUACGGCCUCCCGUCCAAUGAGUACCCAGGCCUGGUUAAGAUAUGCUACCAUAUGGGCAGUGAGACAGACCCAGACCAGAGAGACAAACAGACAGACAGGUCUGAUAUCGACAUCCUCCAACGCUACGUUGCCCGCUGUUUACCUGCUCUGGAUCCUGAACCUGCCGUGGUGGAGAGCUGCAUGUAUACGCUCACACCAGACCGUCAUUUUGUGCUUGACUGCCACCCCACCCACAGCAACAUUGUGAUUGGAGCAGGAUUCUCAGGUCACGGCUUCAAGUUUGGACCUAUCAUUGGCAAGCUGCUGUGUGAGCUCACCCUGGGAGAAGUGCCAUCCUAUGACCUUUCACCUUUCCGAAUUAAACGCUUCCAGGCUAACACCAAAUCAGCUUUGUAGAACCAGGACGUCAACAUAUCAUCAAGGCCUGUGGUAUGACUGACUGAUUGUAAUUUAACAGAGUAUGAAACACAUAGAGAUCAUGCUGUUUUGAUCUGCUGCUUAAUUUGAUGUUGUCAGUUUGUGUUUCCACAUAGUGUAAUCGAUUAGCACUCAAGCGAUUGUAAUGAAACCAUUCAGUACAUUUACAUCUACAUUUCUUCAACAUUUUGGGAGCUACUUAUUUGCUUUUUUGCUGAGAGUGAGAUGAGAAGAUUGAUACCAAUCUCAGACCUGAGUGUAGUAUUGAUCUUCUCAUCUCGUUUCCCUCAAAACGUCAUGUUUAAAAGAAAUCCAGUGUAGGUAUUAGAGAGGAGAUUUCUCCUGGUUAAAGCAGAUUUCCUAGCCAUGUAUACGCCGGCAGAUGAAAGGAAAGAUCAUUACAUGUAGCAAUGCAUCCUUGUAUUCAAAACAAUUUAAUUUAAAGUAAGAUUAAAACAAACAGUCAAAAUAAGUUGAUUUUCAAUGCUGAACUUUUAGAAAAUUCUGAUAUUUUUGCACUUUUAAGAGUAACUUAACACCAGGCUGAAAAUCAGUGUUUCACAUCCCUCUCUAGUUGAACAUUUCCUUCUGUUUCACUUUUGACUAUCAGAAUUGUGCUCUGUAGCCACACCCAAAAGUGAUGUCAGUAUACUGACAUCAUAGAGUACACUUCUACAUCACUACAGUGAAGUGAAAAGAUGAACCACUAGCAGUGCCCAAAUACAAGAUUUUCAGCUGAUGUUAAGUUGCUCUUUAAAAGGAAAAUCUACCACCUCUUCAGAGCCUAACUUCUUACUGCCCUGUCAGCCCUCAGACACACAAGCGGAAAAAAAAACAGGGAACAGUGCAUAGUACCACUACUUCAGUUAAAAUAAAGUAAUGCUUCCAAAAUAAGGUCAGUGGUAGGGGAGAAAUCUGAUUACUGACCUGCUGCAAGUGACCAGCUUACUAUAGUGCAUGUAAAUAUGUUAUCCCAUAACCUGGUUUCUCUGAGUAACUAGGUUUCUUGUGUUCAUGUACACGUUCUGAGUGACUGAGAUGGAACUGGUUAGUGAUGAAACAUGAACACCAGCAUGUCACCAUGAGCAGUCUACCUCAGAGCUGCAAGUGGAGCUACAGAGCUUGCAUAUCAUGUAGUACUUGUCCUCUUCACUAUUGUCUUAAUACUGCACAACUAAUCUGCUGUAUGACAUCCAAAUUACAUUAUACAGAUUGACAUUAAUGAAUGAAUGAAUGAAUGAAGGAAGGAAGGAAGGAAGGAAGGAAGGAAGGAAGGAAGGAAGGAAGGAAGGAAGGAAGGAAGGAAGGAAGGAAGGAAGGAAGGAAGGAAGGAAGGAAGGAAAAAUGACCUGUAAAAUUUAGAAGUCUAGAUGUUCUCCAAAGCAGCAUAAAGUAAUGAACUGAAUAAACUAAUACUGCCUUGAUUUUGACCAGAAUUCCAACAUUGACAACUACAACUACAUUCUAACAUUGUUAUGUAAUUGUAAAUUCACUGAUCUGUGACAAGUAAUAAAAAAACUAUAAUCUUA